AUGACUUUAACGAGGUUAUCGCCCAUCAAGUACCUUGUUCUCGACACGGGCAUGACUUUAACGAGGUUAUCGCCCAUCAAGUACCUUGUUUUCGACACGGGCAUGACUUUAACGAGGUUAUCGCCCAUCAAGUACCUUGUUCUCGACACGGGCAUGACUUUAACGAGGUUAUCGCCCAUCAACUACCUUGUUCUCGACACGGGCAUGACUUUAACGAGGUUAUCGCCAAUCAACUACCUUGUUCUCGACACGGGCAUGACUUUAACGAGGUUAUCGCCCAUCAACUACCUUGUUCUCGACACGGGCAUGACUUUUAAGCUAUUGCAUAGCUUUUAUCGCGAGCUUUGA